AAUUCUUAAAAAAUAAGUAUGUUCGAGUCAAGAGAAUUUCUUUAAAAAUAUCCAGUUUUGAAGAUGUCCAUGAGGUUAGGUUAAAAUUAUUUAAAAAUCUAAAAAAAUGUCUUAAAAAAUUCAUAAAUAUACCACGUUUGAGAAUUCUUGUUGGAUAAUGUCUGGGAAGGUUAAAAAAUGCAAUUAAAAUAUUGUAAAUAUUUUUUAAAUUAUAUUUGAAAGUAAUGAAGCCAAAAGCAAUUUUAAAAUUCACAAAAACAAUAUCAAAAUUUUCUGUGAAAAUUUAAAAAAUCUCAAUAAAAAUGAACGAUGACCAGGCAACGCCACGAAAGUGCCACCUAAUCUUCAAUGAGCCUGCUUCUCAAUAUCGUCGGACCAGUAUUAUUGGCACAAUAUCGAAGGCAUCUCAAGAUUCCCAAAUAUUACAACAAAUGAUUAUGGCUGGCAUGAAUAUUGCACGUUUAAAUUUCUCGCAUGAUACACAAAUGUUUCAUGAGAGAUCGCUGCAGUUAUUACACGAAGCUACUGAACAUUGUUCCCAAGAGGUGGGGCGUAAUAUACAAAUUGCUUUAGCCUUGGAUACGAAGGGACCCGAAAUAAGAACUGGCCUCUUGGAAGCUGGUCCAAAUGCUGAAAUCGAAUUGAGAACCAAUGAUAGUUUCCGUCUAUCUAUCAAUCGUGAUCUGAUGGAUAAGGGAAAUCGUGAUUUUAUUUAUGUGGACUAUGAACGGAUUAUUGAUGUCCUGCUGCCCGGAUAUUUGGUGUACAUAAAUGAUGGAGCCGUGGAGUUGGUGGUAAAGGAAUUGGGUGUGGAUUGUGUGAUGUGUCAAAUACGCCGUGGUGGUACAUUGGGUUCUCGCAAGAAAAUUAAUUUACCCGGAGUCAAUGUGGACCUGCCAGCUGUAUCGGAAAAAGAUCGAAAUGAUUUGAAAUUUGCUCUCAAACACAAUUUUGAUAUGAUUUUUGCUUCAACCGUGCGCAAUGCCGAAGCUGUAAGAGAAAUACGUUCUGUGUUGGGUCAAAAGGGCAAAGAGCUAAAGAUAAUAGCCAAAAUCGAUUGCAUUCAAAGUUUGCAAAAUAUUAAUGAGUUAUUGUCCGAGGCUGAUGGCAUACUCUUCGAUCGAGCUGAUUUGGCAAUAGAAAUCCCUCCGGCAAAAAUAUUUUUAGCUCAAAAAGCCAUUGCUGAACUUUGCAAUAAAAUGGGGAAACCCAUAAUAAUUGCCUCCCAGCUUCUAGCUUCCAUGUGCAAGAAGCCAACUCCCACCCGCUCAGAAGUAGCAGAUUUGGGUAAUGCAAUAUUAGAUGGUGCCGACUGUGUUAUGCUUUCGGCGGAAACAGCAAUUGGAAAAUAUCCCGUUGAAUCUGUGACCAUGAUGGAUGGUAUAGUUCGUGAAUUUGAGUUGGCUAUGCAUAGGGGAAAUGGAGUAAUAGAUAUUCCCCUCACUUUGGAUCCAGUUAAUACAGUUGCCAUAUCGGCUGUUAAUGCUGCCAAUAAAACUAAGGCUUCGGCAAUUAUUGUUCUAACCACUUCCGGACGUUCGGCUCAUUUGCUGGCAAAAUAUCAUCCUAAAUGUCCUGUUUUGGCUGUGACGAGAUGUUCUCGGUCAUUUAGGCAAUGUUUUCUAUAUCGUGGCAUUGUUCCAAUUCUUUACACAGAAAAACUCGAUGACAAUUGGCUGGAAGGUGUAGAUGUCCGCAUACAAUAUGCCCUGAAUAUUGCAAAACGUAUAGGGAUUGUGAAAACUGGCGAUACCAUACUCAUUGUUUCGCCUUGGAAAGAUGGUGCAGGUUUUACGAAUAAUCUUCGUCUCAUUUAUGCCUACUUUGAGCAGGAUGAUAUUGAUUGUAUGGUUCAGGGCGAUCGUAAGUCGACAAAGAAAUCCAUAUUGUAAUUCGGAGAUGAAUUGAAUUGAUGAACAAGAUGUCAGAUGUUUUACCCUUUAAAAUAUUCUGAAUUCAGAAUUGAAUUAUAAGUUCUGAAAACCCGAUCAAAAAGUGUUUAUAUCGCUGGAUGUUGAAAACUAGGAUUCCAGAGUAAAAUCCAUAAGAACCGGAUGAAUUAAAGACGCAAAUGGGAAAUUUAUAUAAACUGCGUGGAACACCAUAAUGAGGAACAAGAAAACAGGCAUCUUAUUUGACAGGACCUACUGUCCACUGUAAUAAAAAAUCACAUUAAUUCAAAUUCGUUUCAACUUUGCUUUCGAUUUUUAAAGAUUUUGUGAAUCUUGUUUCAAUUCCACAUUAGUGGGACUUAUCAAUCACGCUUCGAUUAUUAGAUAAAUAAAAAUUUCACUAUUUCCGAGCUCUUCGAAAGACGAUUAAAAAAUCAA